AUGCUUCUUAGCGCACGAAUGUAUUUGGGAAAUUUUGAUCAAAUUUCGUUAGUGAUCCUUCCGCAGGUUCAACUACGGAGAACUUGUUACGACUUUUGCCCGGUUCAAAUCAUUGCGAUUGAAGCGGUUUCCACCAAUGAAUCUCCACCUCGAAAAGCACUGAAACAGAUGAAAUUCAAAGCAAAAUCUUGA